AUGUUUCCAGCUCAAGGAUGGGGGCAAUUGCUCCCUCUCCUUCUUGUCUUCUGUCUUUUCAGGUCAGCAUUCACCGUAAAGCAUGAGGGAUUCAAGACUUGCGAACAGUCCGGCUUCUGUAAGCGAAACCGAGCCUAUGCAGACAAUGUGGCCACGCUGGGCAAUUCAUGGACCUCUCCUUACACACUCUUUUCGAAAAGCUUGAAGAUAGACAAUGGAUAUAUUACAGCGACACUAUUAAAGUCUUUGGGGGAGGGUGUCCAGUCUGUAGAACUCUCCCUGAUGAUUACAUUCCUUCAAUCUGGGGCAGCAAGGAUUACUGUUGAUGAAAAGAAGCGACGACAAGGUGAAAUCGAGCUUCGACAUGGAAGCCAAGCUCGAAAAGAACGAUAUGAUGAAGCUUCGAAAUGGGCCAUCGUUGGCGGAGAGAAGCUGGACAAGUCCGCUAAAGCAGACACCUCUUCGAAAGAGACAGUCGUGAACUAUGGUCCCAACAAUCGGUACAGGGCGGUCAUAAGCCACUCUCCAUUCUCAAUCGACUUCUUCCGGGACGACCAGCUACACGUGAAGCUCAAUGGAAAGGGUCUGAUGAAUAUGGAGCAGUGGAGACCUAAGGUCGAAAAGCCGGACAUCAAGGAAGGUGAAGAUUCAAAAGAAGAGGAGCAGUCAGUCGAGCAAGGCGAGGAUGAAAGUACCUGGUGGGAAGAGACAUUUGGUGGAAAUACCGACUCAAAACCCAGGGGUCCUGAAAGCGUUGGAUUGGACAUAACGUUCCCGGGCUAUGAGCACGUAUAUGGUAUUCCAGGACAUGCAAGCUCUCUGUCGCUGAAGCAAACUCGGGGUGGGUCCGACGCUUACGAGCAACCAUACCGAUUAUACAAUAGCGACGUAUUCGAGUACGAGAUGGACAGCCCUAUGACAUUGUAUGGAGCUAUCCCUUUUAUGCAAGCCCACCGGAAGGACUCCACUGUGGGCGUUUUCUGGCUCAACGCCGCCGAGACCUGGAUCGACAUCGUCAAGCGGAAGGUAUCAAGUAAUCCGCUGAGUCUUGGUAUUGGAGGCAAGACUGACACCGAAACUCACUGGUUCUCCGAGAGUGGCCUCCUAGAUGUCUUCGUUUUCCUUGGCCCUACGCCCAAGGACGUCAUCUCUCAAUACAGUGAGCUCACAGGAUACACACAGCUUCCCCAGCAAUUUGCAAUUGCGUACCACCAAUGCAGAUGGAACUACGUUACAGAUGAGGAUGUCAGGGAUGUUGACAAGAAGAUGGAUAGGGCCAGGAUACCUUAUGAUGUGAUCUGGCUCGACAUCGAAUAUACAGACGGCAAGAAGUAUUUCACUUGGGAUGCUCACACGUUCCCGGAUCCUCUGGGAAUGGAAAAGCAAUUGGACUCCCAUGACAGGAAACUGGUCGUCAUUAUCGACCCACACAUCAAGAACGAAGGCAAUUACCUGGUGGUAGACGAGCUCAAGUCCAAAUCAUUUGGUGUCAAGAACAAGGACAAUAAUCUCUACGAAGGCUGGUGUUGGCCAGGAUCGUCACACUGGGUCGACUGCUUCAAUCCCGCCGCCCUUGAGUGGUGGAAGUCUCUCUUCACCUACUCAUCCUUCACAGGCACCGCUGCAAACACCUUUGUCUGGAACGAUAUGAACGAACCCUCAGUCUUCAAUGGCCCAGAAACCACCAUGCCAAAAGACAAUAUUCAUCACGGCAACUGGGAACAUCGCGACGUACAUAACAUCAACGGCAUGACCUUUGUCAACGCUACCUACCACGCGCUCCUAGCCCGCGAACCGCCAGCCUCCCGCCGCCGCCCGUUCGUCCUCACCCGCUCUUACUACUCGGGCUCCCAACGCCUUGGCGCCAUGUGGACCGGCGACAACCAAGCCGAAUGGUCCCACCUCGCUGCCUCAAUCCCUAUGAUCUUGACUCAGAACAUCGCUGGCUUCCCUUUCGCUGGUGCCGACGUCGGCGGAUUUUUCGGCAACCCAAGCAAAGAGCUUCUCACCCGCUGGUACCAGGCCGGCGCCUUCUACCCCUUCUUCCGCGGCCACGCCCACAUCGACACCCGUCGCCGUGAGCCAUAUCUCGCUGGUGAGCCCUACACAUUCAUCAUAACGCAAGCGCUCCGUCUCCGCUACCAGCUGCUCCCAGCUUGGUACACAGCCUUUCACGCCGCCUCUGUCUCCGGCGUUCCCAUACUCCAACCUCACUACUACGUGCACCCCUCCGACGAAGCUGCGUUCGCAAUAGAAGACCAAUUCUACCUUGGCUCCACUGGCCUACUAGCAAAACCUGUCGUCACAGAAGGCGCUGAGACCGUCUCCAUCUAUUUGCCUCCUGGCGAGACAUACUAUGACUAUUUCACCUACAGCACCCACGUUGGUAGCGGCAGCACUAUCGCGAUACCAGCACCAUUGGAUAAAAUCCCUCUCCUGAUGAAAGCGGGCCAUAUCUUCCCCCGCAAGGAUCGGCCUCGCCGCAGUAGCGGUUUGAUGCGUUGGGAUCCUUACACUUUAAUCAUCGCGCUUGGCAGUAACGGUGAAGCAGAAGGCGACCUCUACGUCGACGAUGGUGAAUCUUAUGACUACGAAGACGGUGCCUACAUCCACCGCCAUUUCAGCUUCUCCUCUAGUACCCUUAAAUCUAGCGACCUGUCAGCCGACACUGACAUGUCGAAACCAAGCAAGAAGAGGAAGGCUUACCUUACAGCGAUGACUGCUGUGCGCGUCGAGAAGAUGGUUGUUAUUGGUGCGCCGAUGGAAUGGAAGGGGAGAAGCGAGGUGAAGGUUGAAGAGCAGGGCGCGAAGCAGACGAGGACGGUGGAGAUGAAGUGGUUUCAGGGUGAUGGAGGAGCCGCAAACUGGGCUGUUAUUAGAGAUCCGGGAAUGGAGAUUGGGAAGGGGUGGACGGUCAAGUUUUGA